AUUUGCAACGCGCGUGCCACAUUUCAACGGGCUAUGAACGUGAUGUUCCAAAACUUCGUCAACAAGACGCGACUCACUCAAGGGAUGAUUAACUUCUGCGUCAUCGUGUACAUGGACGACAUCCUCGCCUACUCGAAAACCUUUCACGCGCAUGCACAACACAUUGAAUGGACAUUGGGAGCUCUGAGAGACGCUGGGUUUAAGAUCGCGCUCGAGAAGAGUGAGUUUUUCCUAUCGGAAAUCUCGUUAUUGGGUUACGUGGUGACACGUGGAGGACUGCGACCAGACUCAAGGAAAGUCGCGACGGUGAAAGAUGCUCAUGUCCCCACGUCAGUGACGCAAGUUCGAGCUUUCCUGGGACUAGCAUCGUACUACCGUCGUUUUAUCAAAAGCUUCGCUGCGAUUGCACGACCUCUGACGAAUCUGCUGCAAAAGGAUCAACCCCUCAGUUGGGACGCAGAGUGCAAACACACCUUCGCCACCCUCAAGGGCGCUUUGGUGACAACACCUAUUUUGAUCCAGCCAGACCCUACGAAGCAAUUCAUUCUUAUCACGGACUGGCAGCCAGAGACGAUCUUUGCUAUUCUAGCGCAGAAGGGGAACGACGGUCGAGAGCACGUCAUCGAGUAUGCGUCCCGUACGGUGUCACACGAACGAAGGAACGAUUCAGCCCCGCAGGAAGAGGGCGUAGAGGAAGGCGACGAGGAGGGAGAAGAGGAAACCUCUGAAGAAGCAGGAAGUUACAGUGAAUACAGCGAGGAAGAGUCGGGCGAAGAGGAAGAAGAAGAAGAAGAACAGGAGGAGCAGUUGGAGGAAGACGAGGAAUCUGAGUGGGAGACUUUGGGUGAAGAGGCGGAUCUCGCAGAAACUCAAGAGGAGGAUCCCGAGACAGCGCGAAGGAGAGAGGAGAUAGCAGCCGGGAAGCAGCCGCUGGAGUUCGCAAGCGGACUGGACCAGCCGAUCCCGAACGACCCAGCCAAGCAUCCCGAGCCGCCCAAGAACGACGAUGGGGACCUUGCUGCCAAGACUUCGAGCGCAUCGGCCCGACGGCGACGAAGCCGAUUCCCCUCCCCCUCCACCUUUGCCCGUCCACCAAUUCGAGUUCGCAUGUACCUGCUGAAGAAGAAGCGUCCUGGUGGGGCAGACACCAAUGACCACUACGUGCACUUGCCGGGAGGCGAUGGCGAGGAGGAGGGAGGAGGAGGAGGAGGAGGAGGAGGAGGAGGGAAGUACCGGAGAAGGGUAUCAUCUACCAAGAAAGCGGUGAUGGCUAAGAACGCCGGGGGAGACGACGAGACGCCUCUGCUCCAUAGCAAUGCGCCUGCGACCGAUUUACUCAGGGCCGGGAAUAACUUGUCAGAAGGAGCAGCAGCUGAAGCAAGUCUUGCACAAACAGCAAAUGCAGACAAAUUCUCUGCUGAGUCAUCAAUUGGAAGAGAUGGGUAUGAAGGAUGGGACACUGGGGAAAAUCAGGUGAUUGUUGAUGGUAUUGCUGACUUUGGACCAUAUGGUUCAUUGCAAGGAGAGGGGGAGGAGAGAGAAGGGACGAGCGUUAGGGAAGGAGGCGAUUUUGUUGUGGAUGUGGCAUCUUUGGAGGAGCGAAGGUGGUUGGAUAAGAUGAAGACAUGUGAUGUCCAGCAGGGUAACAAUGCGGAAUUCGAUGGGUGGAUAGAUCCUGUUUCUGAUGGUUGGGUGGGUGCUGGCCCGCCAAAUACAAAUGGCAAAAAGAUCUGGAUGGAUCAUACAGGGCCAGGUGAAGAGAAGAGAGUGGUGGCUGCGGAGAAGCGCGGACAACAACAACACCAACGGGAGGCUUUGGAUGGGCGAUUGUCAGACGAGGGACCCAUGAGUCGGUUUUCAGAGGAGCUGCUGAUGUUUCUUGGCCGACCUCCGUCUCCAACGUACAACCCAGUCAACCCUUUUAGCAGCAGAACACCACGUAUAUCAGGAGUUUACGAGUGGAUAAAGACCAUCAUCUGCUUGCCACUCUUCAUCCUCAGGGUGCUCCUUAUACUGCUCACUAUAGCUGUUGGAUAUGUAUGGACAAAGCCUAUCCUUAUUGGGAUUGAGAACACCGUAGGCCCCAUGCCAGUAUGGCGUCGGCGGCUCAUGUAUGGUACAAGGCUCUGCGGUCGUUCAAUAAUGUUUGCUCUUGGGUUUUUAUGGAUCCAUCGGAAAGGUCGACCUGCCCCUCGUUCUAUUGCUCCAAUUGUUGUGUCGAACCAUACCAGCUUUAUGGACCCAAUCUUCUUCUUCUAUGAUAUGAUGCCAACUAUCGUCAGCUCAAAAUCUCAUGAGGCCAUGCCUUUGCUGGGAACCAUAAUUAAGGCCAUGCGAGUAAUUGCAGUCGAUAGGGAGGAUCCAAACUCCCGAAAAAUUGCAGCAUCUGAGAUCAAGAGGAAGGCAUCGGACCCAGGAUGGCCACGUCUUUUGCUUUUUCCUGAAGGGACUACAACAAAUGGCAGGGCUGUUGUAUCUUUCAAGCUUGGUGCAUUUCUUUCAGGCCUGCCAAUCCAGCCUGUCGUCAUCCGGUACCCGCAUAUUCAUCUUGACCCUUCCUGGGGUGUUGAUAUUUCCAUGUCAAGCCUUCUAUUUCGCAUGAUGACACAGUUCUACAACAUUCUGGAGGUGGAGUACCUUCCUGUCAUUGUUCCUACGGAGAAGGAGAAAGCCAACCCGUCAGCGUAUGCGGAAAGGGUGAGACAUGCCAUGGCUGAAUGCCUCAACGCCCCUUGCACAGACCACACAUUUGGAGACGUGCAACUUGGUGUACAAGCCACUCAGUUGGGACUGACUCAGCCUUCACUCAUGGUUGUAGAGAUGGGGAGGAUGGGGAAGCUGUUUAAUCUGACUACUGAAGAGGCGAAACACUUCCUCAAGAAGUAUGUUAGCAUGGGUCCAAAUACAAGAGGUCAUGUGAGUCUUGAGAAGUUUCUUAUGGCUUUGGAUCUACCGAUCACGAAUCUAACGAAACAGAUAUUUUACUUAUUUGAUAGGUCGGAGAAGGGGUUCAUCAAUUUCCAGGAGUUUGUUGAAGGCUUGGCAUUUAUUUCAAAGCAUUCUGCGUUCUCAAAGACAGUUGAUGCUGCGUUCAGAGCGUAUGACAUAGACGGGGAUGGCUUUCUGGGAAGGACCGAGCUUCACGACAGCCUGAAAAUGGUGUUUCCCGCUUUGAAUGAUCAAAAGGUCAAGAAACUUUUUGGGAAAAUGGAUCUGAACAAGGAUGGAGUGGUCAGCUGGGAAGAGUUCCAGGGAUUCCUUGAAAGAAAUCCUGAGCAUCUUGCAGUCUUUGUUGCCGCUCGACCCGACAUCAUGCUGGCACCGAGCACUGGGUAGGGAAGCCCGCAAUCUAUAUGCGUGAGAAAGGAGUCGAAAUUUCAGGGAGUCCUAUUUUUUCCUGAAGAGAAUCCUCCAUCUUGAAGUGUUUGUCACCGCUCGACUGGACAUCAUGCUGGCACGCCGCACGGAUGGGGCACGAAAUGAAGCUGCUGCUGAUAAGCCUGCAAGCUAUAUGCUUUCAAAAGGAGGGGAGAGCAUGUGCACCUACCCAUCCAGCCACGAACGAAGGAGGCUCAGGGCUCGAUGCACCUGUGGAGUAAUCACUGAUCAGGGGUGAGGAUUACUUGAUCGAUUUCCUGUCGUACUGGUAUUGAAUUUGCUGUCGUUGAUGUUUUACUCAAGCUUAUUGUUUAUCCUUGAUUCUCGAAAUGUUAGUGCUUGUUGACUUGUUAUCCAUUAUCGCUGCUGGAGGAGGUGUACGUAGCCGAUCACUUCAGAGGGAGGGGGGCAGGGCAUAUGCCACGCAGGAAGCUGUGCCUAUGCCGGGAGGAAAGUAGCGGCAUUUUUAGCAACAUGGAUGAGGGUUGCAACCCUCGGGUGCUCUGAAUAUAUAUAUACAUAUAGCAUCUUCUCAAGCGUGAUUCUAUGAGGUAGGUGUGGAAGACUUUGAUUGAUCAUUGCACAGAGAGAGAGAGAGAGAGAGAGAGAGAGAGAGAGAGAGAGAGAGGAUAAGAAGUCAUACUUUAUAUUUUGUAAAGCCCCAAUUGCCUUCGUCUUCAAUUAUUUAAAAUGUCAGGGAAGCCGGAGUCUUCCCAAUUUUUCCCGGAAUAAACUAGCAGGGAAUAUCAUCCAUAUCUGAUGCGAGUCCAGUCUGUUAUUGGAGUGCAUGUGUGUGUUUGAGUAGGUAAACUUAUUGCCAAGUUAUUUGGACAGUGUGUUGCUCAACAGCGGCAAGUCUCUGUCGUCAGUGCACUUUUUUCAUUACAUCAAUUAUUCCACAUUGGGAUAUCUGUCUGUUCAAACCACCAGUCCCUUUCCCUGAUGAGGUACCUCGGUUCUGCGUACCAGUUAACGUGCUGGAGAACCGCAGUUCAUGUGUACGCGAUGGGAAAGGCUCGCGGUGCCUGGCACGACGGCUCAAUUCUUUUAGCUUUUAGGGCCAGGCAGCACAACGCAUCGGAAAAAGAGGGUAGGAGGCGCUGGUGGUUUAAGGGGUUAUGUGAACCAUGGAAAGCAAGCUGGGGAUGAAGGACAGGCCAUGAGAGGGAGUUAGUGAUGCUGAACAGAGAUUCUGGACAUUGGAAGCACCGGAGGGGUAGCUCAUAGAAGGAGAGACCUAGACAAAGAUCUUGACAAUGCGGAAGUGGGAAGUUUGGGGAGGAGGGGAGAGAGAGAGAGAGAGAGAGAGAGAGAGAGAGGUGUAGAAAGUAGACAGGAAGUGCGCAUUCGUAGCACUGUGGUGGCUCUUGGUCUGCAUCUGAUAUGUGGCAGGUCUCGUCUCAGGAUCUGCAUGCCAGCGUGUGGCAAGCUGCGAGCAGCAGCGACGAGACAUGAGCAUACAGUACGAGUACAUGAUGAUGAUGAUACAUUCUGUUUUCACUAAAGGAUAAAGGGGGUUAGGUGAGUGAUAUAGGACGUUGGAAGAACUAACGAAGGGAAACAUAGUGUUCAAUCAUCGCAGACUGCGACUCGUUAACUUCUUUCAUUGAAGUCCACUGUCCACCUCGUUUUUGCUGCUCUCAAUGUUGCUGUAACUUGUAAAUUUAUUCAUAUUGGUUUUAUUAUUAUAUGGUUUACUAUUCUUGUAGUCGGACCGUAGUCCCAGUUCAAAGAAUAAAUAUUAUAUCCUCUU